AGUAAUCCCUUUUUUAUAUUUUUUCUUGCAAAAAGAUUACAUGUCAGCUCUUUCUUCCAUCCAUUUUUUUUCCCUUUAAAACAUUGUCUCACACGCAUACAAGCACAUCUUUUUACUAUACUAUUCUACAACUUUUGUAACUGUAAAAAGAAGAGAAGUCGAGAAGAAAGAGAGAACAAGAUAAGAUUGACAAUAAUAGCUAUGGCUUUGGCUACGUUUCCACUGUUAAUUAAACGUUGGAAAAGGUCAAGAAUACAUCAUGCGAAUUAUGCUGACUAUAUGCAACUGGCAGAUUAUCUAUCAGAAGAAUUAUUCACAACUCGAUUGAAUGCCAUCAACAAUCAUGUUUACAGAGAAUUUCCUCAUGUCUGGAUCGACAGCAUCCUAUUUAUUGUUGCUAUUUUAUUAGUGAUUGUAGCGGCUGUGUUUUCUGUCGUUGCUCGUGCAGUCAACUUGUCUAUGUGGUAUCCCCUCAUCAUCCUGCUUGCGCCUGCUAUUAUUGCGUUCAUCACAACUAGAAGAAGGAACGGAUAUUAUGCUAAACUCAGUCAAUAUUACGAAUCACUUCAUAGUAGCCUUAAAGAAUUCAAUUCAUUGGACGUUACCAGACAGAUAAAAUGGGGCUUUCGGAGAGUUCGAGAUACAGAUACACCAGCAGAUAUGCAUUUAAAACAGCCUCUCAACAAAUACCAUAUCAAUUUGGUUAUUGAAGUAAUACAAAUAGAUACAGAGAAUGAAUUAGCAGAAGAGGGAGAAAUGCUUCCAGCUUAUGAGACAGCUAUGAUGGAUGUUGUACUCGAUGUAGGGCCCGAAGUACAGCAGCUUCCCGGAAAUCGAUCAGAAUAUAUCACUAAUGAUGGCCUGCAAUUGACAUUUUGUCUACCACCAGCUUACAGUGAAAUUAAUAAUGAUGAACGGAGAUCACGAAACAGUCGCAGUAGCAGGAGUAGGAGAAGCCAUAAUGAAGAAGAAGCGGAAUCAAUUGAAUUACAGCUAGCACCACCCACACAGCCUCCACCAGCCUAUAUAAAUAGUGCUAUCGAUUCCGAAGAAGGAACGCCUGCUCCUCCGAAUACAGUGAAUAAUUCAACUAUCACAAUGAAUCAUUAAAUAGUUCUUAAUCAAUUUUGUGUAUAAACUUGAACGCUUAAAUAUAUAUCCCCUUCUUUCUCAAAGUACGUUAAUUCUUAUUUGUUAUAUUAUAUCUCUUUAUUUAUUCUUGGCCUCCCAUUCCAACCUUCAAAGUAGGACAAAAUAAAAAUCCACGCUUUAAUCAGCAGUGAUAUACCUCACAAGUGUAAC